CAGCUUUUUUCUUGCUGUUGCCCAGUAAAACGGAGACACACUCUGUUCAUCAUGGGGAAAAAGCUCGAUGGGUACUGGCGCACAAUGAAUCCUGCGAGCAAAUAUCGCAAGAAAAUGAAGGCCAAGGAAAUGAAGAAGAAUAAAGAGAAGAGGGAACAAGAGAGAGCGGCUAUUCUCAGCCGAAAGAGCGAGGCCGUCCUCCGAGCAGAGUUAGAAAUUGUCGAAAAAGCCGAGCGAGAAGGUCGUGCUGAUGGAAAAAUGCUACAGAAACGACGCCAAAUUCGAGACAUAUUGACAAAAUUAGAAAAAGAAAAGAGCGAAAAAGAAAAAGAUACUGUAAAGGCACCAUUAAGUCACCAGGAGCUAUCGAAUAUGUAUCCAGAUGCGAAAGGGUCCAUUUAUUAUCAUCCUAUUACCAACCCUUAUGGAGUGCCUCCUCCUGGAAUGCCGCAGGUGUGGAAGGAGGACUAUAUUCCCGUUGCUCAGCGUUCUAAACUUCCGGCUGAUCACCCUUUAUAUUCAGAAAACGUGCAUGAAGACGUAGAAAACGAAUGUGAGAGUCCUACUUGCGAUAGUGAGCAAGAUGAUAUUUCAUCUGAGAGCAGUUUGGAUUCAAUUCCACCACCACCAGAUGAGCCAGAUUCGGAUGAAGGAAACUGUCCAUCUCCUCCACCACUAGAGGAACAAGUAGAAAACGCGGCCAUGUAUCCAGAAACGGCCUUAAAACCAAACGCGCAUCUAAUACUGCCGCCUUCGUUGUCCCCUGGCGAGCAGCAGAAUUCGAUGCACGCUUCGCCGAGCAAUAUACAUCGAGACUCACCUGGAAUUGUUGAUCCGUCCUCUUUGGUUGCUAAUGGUCAAAUGCAGGGAUAUUUCGUCCCACCUUACAUGACGCUCCCGCCCGCUCAAAUCCAGAAUUAUCAUUCAAUGGCGCCCCCUAUGUCUAUACCUUGGGGGCCUAGCCCCCUUCCGCUGCCGCCAGAUAACAUGAACGGUUUCUUGUACCCGCCCAUGCCGUGCCACCUUCCAGCGAACAUGAUGUUGCCUUUUAAUGUAACUCCAGACGAUUCCCAGAAUUUGUCACCUCAUUUUCUCAGGCAACCAAACGCGGAGGCGCCGAUGUAUCUCUCCGACGGCAGAGAUUCGUCUAGGCGAAAUGAACCCUUUGGUAACAGAAUGGAUCCACUUCUAUCGUUGUCUAAUAGCCACAGAGCAUCCGCAGAAGCCCCUAUAGGCAACAAUUCACCCUGCUACGAAUUGGCUGCCGCCAAAGAUCAAAAAGAAUCACCGUCUCCAGACGCUCCUCGGAAUAGGACGCCUGAUAUGGCGAGCGAGGGGUCAAUGCAUCCCGUUUUGGUUCCUUCUUCAGUGCGAAUCAAAAGAAAUGCAACUACUCAGCGCUUCUCCACGCCUCGCGCCCCAGUUGUCAAGCCGUCAGACACCAGCGAUGCUAAAACCGCUAAAAGCGAUGAAGAGUAUGACAAACUGAUCCAAGAACUCAAUCCAGCAGCAGUCUCUAGCUCGAUUGGCUAAAACAGAACCAAAAAGCUUCAGCUCGCGACGCCUCGAUGUAUAGAAAAAAGCAAUAGGCCAUCAUUUUGUAUGUACACGUAUAUUAGCGACUUCGUUUUCAUUUUUUUACAAGGCAUAAAGUUGAUGCUUUCGAAUGUAGUCAAUCACAGAGUCAGUAGUGAUAUACCUUAUAGACAGUUUAUUGCGGAUGGCCCAGCGCAAUUUGGUAGAACUGAUCUCAUCUUUGAUCCAUGGCACGAUGACUCGAAUGUUGUGGGAGUACCGACGUAAAAUUUCAGAGUGAUUGAUGAUUUCUUCAACAUUAUCGUCUCCGCGCUGGACGACUGCAACGCCAUAACACCUAAGAAUGGUAUCUACAUCGGCCCGGCUCCAAAUAUCCGCAAUCAUAAAGGUUUUCAAUAAAUCACUCCCGCAAACCAAAUAUAUUUUUGGGCAAAAUUUGAACAGGCGAACAAAUCCUCUAGAAAAAUGCUCAAGGACAUUCAAGGUCUUGGUAUAAGUUGGUUGUUGGCAUUCCCACUCGUCCACCAUAAUGUCUGUGUUUUCCGUAGCCAACUUACACAUGUUCAAUCUAUGUUCAGCAUCCAGCAAUUGAUCUUUGUUGUAAAAAGAGCUCACAGGUGACAGAUACAUGCCGAUCACAUGGUUGUCUGGACAAAGGUUUUCUCGACACAGCUCUUUUAAAAAAAAUACUUGUAAGCGAGGUAAGAGCAAGUUGACCAAACUACACACAACCCGGAGGCUCUGCCCUGUUCGAGCUACUAGUCGCUGCUCUUAUCCAAGCAAUGUCUAACCUCGCGAAGCCGCCAAAGUGUUCUAAUAACAAUAAAUAAAAAUUAUGUAUGGCAUGUA